AUGGGUAUAGUAGAAUAUAAAGAGAUUCAAUCUCCUAUAGAAGAUCAAGUUUGUAAAGAAUAUAGAACAAAAUAUGCAAAUUCACCUUUAAUUAUAGAUAAUGGUUCAUACCAGUGCAGAGCUGGUUUUUCGAUAGACGAUAACCCUAAACUAAUAUUCAGAUCAUUGGUUGGUAAAGUUAAAAGUACAUCAAACCCAAUUGUUGGAAAUUCAAUUAAAGAAAGUGAUAUUUCAAGGCUAAACAUCAAAAGUCCAUUUGAUUUAGAUGUAUUGGUGCAUCCACCAUCACAAGAAAGUAUUUUAGAUCAUUUAUUUCAUAAAUUAGGUAUAGAGUCUGCAAUUGAAAACCCAAUUUUGAUGACUGAAGCAGCUUCAAAUCCAUCUUUUUGUAGAAAAUAUAUGAGCGAAUUAUUAUUUGAAUGUUACAAUAUUAAAUCAGUGGUUUAUGGUAUCGAUUCAUUGUUUUCAUUUUAUGGUCAAAAACAUCAAUUAAAAGAUGGUGGUAAAAAUGCAUUAAUUAUUGAUUCUAGUUUUAAUACAACUCAUAUUUAUAAUGUGCAAGAUUAUAAAGUAUCACAUCAACACACUAAAAGAAUUAAUAUUGGCGGUGGCCUAAGUACAGAUUACCUAAGAAAAGUAAUUCAUGUUAAAUAUCCAAAGCAUAAAUCAUAUUUUACUCAAAAUUAUACAAAUAAAAUUAAAGAAGAACAUUGUUAUUUUACAAAAGAAUCAUUUAUUGAAGAAUUAAAAGAAUUUGAAAAUGAUAAAUUAGGAAGAGAAAAAUCAGAUAUUAUUCAAUUACCAUAUCAAGCUAUUGAUUUUGAAAAAUUAGAAGAAGAUAAACAAAGGAAGCUUCAAAAUCGUAAAGAGUUGGGCGCCAAACUUAAAGAAAUGGCAGAUAAGAAACGUAUGGAAAAAAGACAGGCUCAAGAAGAUAGAUUACAGGUUUUAGAGUCAAUAUUGAACCUCAAGCUCAACAAUAAUAUCGACGAAUAUAAUGUAUCAUUAAAAGCAGAGUUAAUGGGUGAAAAAGAUUUAAUAAACGAAAUUGAAGAUUUAAAAGAAAAAUUAUUUGGCAAGAAAAAAGAAGAGCAUGCAGAAGGUGAGGACGAGUUCCCUCUAUUAAGCAGACCAGAUUCAGAGUUGACCCAAGAUCAAUUAAAAGAGAAAAAGAAACAAAGACUUUUAAAGAGUAUGAAGGAUGGUAGAUUGGCAAACAAGAGAAAGAGGGAUGAAGAAAAAGAAAAAGAAAAAGAAAAGGAAGAAGAGAGAGAUAGACAAGAAGAGGAAAUGUUCAUUAAAGACCCAGAACAAUAUGUCAGGGACUUACAUAUUAGAAGAUCUAGAAUCUUUGAUAAGAAAGAGCAAAAACAAAAGCAAAAGACCAAAGUGGUGGUUCAAAGAAAUUCAAGAUUAAGAAGCAUUCUUUCGACAACAAAUCGUGAUGAUAAAUUUUUGGGUGACGAAGAAGUGGACCAAGAAGAAAUAGAGGAUACCAAAGAGUUGGCUGUACUCGAGAAACUGUUAAAUAAAUUUGAUCCUGGAUGGUCCACCUCCACAAACAGCGACGAUCUAUUGUUUGGUGGCGACUACCCAACAGCAGAGGACCAUCAAGUAAUUUUAGGUGUUGAAAGAAUAAAAACACCUGAAAUCCUUUUCCAACCAAAAGCAAUUGUAGGUUUAGAUCAAAUGGGUUUAAUGGAAGCAAUCACAAGUACAAUUUUAUCACAACUCUCACCAGAAUCUAGAAAGUUAGUAACAGAAAAUAUAUUUUUAACAGGUGGUAAUGCAAAUACUAAAAACUUUAGGGAUAGAGUUCACUAUGAAAUUACUCAACUUCGUGAACCACACUCACCUCUUAAUGUAUUCAAAUCAAAUAACUCUCAAUUAGACGCUUGGUUUGGUGCUAGAAAAUGGGUAAAUGAUAACAUUGACCAAUGGAACCAAUUUUCAAUUUCAAAAGAAGAAUAUCAAGAAAAAGGUUAUGACUAUAUUAAAGACCAUUUUGCUUCGAAUCCAACAUCCUCUUAUCAAAUAAAUUAA